AUGGCGGCGGUGGCGGCCCCGGGGGGAGCAGAGGCAUCCCCGCUGCCGACUCCCGGAGGGGGUGGGGCCGGCGCCGGUCCAGGAUCACGGCUGCAGCCCCAAGAAGAAGAAGAACAUGAAGUGGUUCGUGUGCGGGUCAAGAAAUGUGAAGGCUUCUUGCAACCUGAGUUCCGGACUUUUGCUGUGGACCCACAGAUCACUUCACUGGAUGUAUUGCAACACAUUCUCAUCAGAGCUUUUGACCUCAAUGGGAAGAAGAAUUUUACCAUCAGCUAUUUAAGCCGAGAUAAGCAAAACCAAGAAAUGUACUUGUCAUUGAUGUCAGACUGGGAUCUGGGGAUGGCCUUUGCUGGAGCCUCUAAGCCUUUUUUACAACUAAAGAUAGACAUCAAGCCCUUGGAAGACAGCCCCCUGCUAGAAGAUUGGGAUAUUAUCAGCCCUAAGGAUGUUAUAAGUACCGACCUGCUGCUAGUGGAGAAGAGGUCUUUGGCAGCUGCAGCCCUGCCCUUCACCCAGUCCAUCAUUUCCCAGGUGGGACGGACAUUGUCAAAGGUCCAGCAGGCACUCAGCUGGUCCUAUGGGGAGGAUGUCAAACCUUUCAAGCCUCCUUUGAGUGACUCAGAGUUCCAUACGUAUUUGAAUCAUGAAGGCCAGUUGUCAAGACCAGCAGAACUGCGCCUGCGAAUCUUCCAUGGUGGAGUUGAGCCUUCAUUGCGCAAGGUUGUUUGGAGAUAUUUGCUAAAUGUCUAUCCUGAUGGCUUGACUGGACAGGAGCGUAUGGAUUACAUGAAGCAGAAGACACGUGAGUAUGAACAACUGAAGGGGGAAUGGGAAGCACGGACCAACCCCGAAGACCUGGAUUUCAUCCGUAGUAAUGUGCUGAAGGAUGUUCUGCGAACAGAUCGCACUCAUCCCUACUACGCUGGUUCAGAUGAUAAUCCUCACCUGACAGCCCUGCAUGAUCUGCUGACCACCUAUGCUGUGACCCACCCACAGAUUUCCUACUGUCAGGGUAUGAGUGACAUUGCUUCUCCCAUCCUGGCUGUAAUGGACAGUGAAGCACAUGCCUUCAUCUGUUUCUGUGGCAUCAUGAAACGCCUGGAAGGUAACUUUCAGGUAGACGGUGAAGUCAUGUCAGUUAAAUUUACCCAUCUCAAGCUUCUCCUCCGCCAUUCAGAUCCAGAUUUCUACUCCUACCUCCUGUCUCGGGGUGCCGAUGACCUCUUCUUUUGCUAUCGUUGGCUGUUGUUGGAGUUGAAACGGGAGUUUGCAUUUGAGGAUGCCUUGCGCAUGCUGGAGAUCACAUGGAGUUCCUUUCCUCCUGAUCCUCCAGAGAAGGAAGUGGAAUUGGUGGGCCCUCCAGCCAGGCCCGGAGACAGCAGCCAGUCUGUCCGAAGGAGACACAUGCUACGGCCAGCUUGUAGUUUUGAGGCAGCUGGGGAUCGGCCGUGCCAGGGGGCAGUUGCUGAAGAGAAGGUUUUAGUAAAGCAGUCUAGUUUUGGGGAAUUCAAGUAUUACAUUGCUCAUAAUGAAGACAGUUUGGAGGAUGACCCGUCACCCAGAUCUCAGCACUCAGUGGAUGAGAAGGAAGAUUGCACCAGUGAGCAGGAUCCAUUGAUUCAGACAACUAACAUGGCUAAAUCCUUCUCUGCUCCAUCUCUUCGGGCCUUGACACCACCCUCUCGAGAUUCUGUCUCCUCCUCAACUAAUGGCAACGAGGAAAGUCAAUCAGAGGAAGAGAAGGGAGACUCAAUAGUUAAUACACCUUCUUCUCCCUCCCAUGGACCUACUUCUUCUACUCCUCCUGCCCUAGUCAGCCUCCCUCCUCCGCAAGAAUUUGGCAAAGGCAACCCCUUCGUACUCUUCCUAUGUCUUGCCAUUCUUUUGGAGCAUCGAGACCAUAUAAUCAAAAACAACAUGGACUACAAUGAGUUAGCCAUGCAUUUUGAUCGCUUGGUCCGCCGGCACAACCUUAACAAGAUCCUUCACCGUGCCAAGGCCCUGUUUGCUAACUACUUACAGUCAGAAGUCUGGGAUUCUGAAGAGGGAGAUGAGGCAGCAGCCGAAUCUCCUGUGGUUUCAUGA